AUGCGCAGGAGACUUCAACAUCACCCAAAUAUCAUUCAGUUGUUAGGUACCACUGGAGAUUUCCAAGGUGGUAGCUUCCCUUCUCUUGUGUUCCCCUGGAUGCCAAGUGGAGACCUCCAUUGCUACAUCGCGUACCACGGAGCAGGAAUCGAGGCAUCACUCAAGUUGUCCCUGGCUCGUGAUAUUGCCUCCGGAGUCACUUAUCUCCAUGAGUCCCAUGUGGUUCACGGUAACUUAGAGAGUAAAAAUAUUCUCAUAGGCCCAGAAAAUCGAGCAUAUCUGACCGGUUUCUCUUUGGCAACCGACCUUGAUACCGGUGAACUCUUCAGAAUACCCGAGCCUGGUGGAGUGCGAUUUGCUGCUCCUGAAUGCUUCAUCGACAAGAAAGGCAACAGUUCAUUCAACAGAGAUAUAUACUCAAUCGGCUGUAUCUUACUCCACGUUUUCUCGGGAUGUUUGCCAUGGCAUGAUUCAAGAUCGAGUGACAUUAUCAACAGACUUCGACAGCGUCGUAUGCCACCACGUCCGGUGGGUGGCGGUAUUGAUGAUUCCCUGUGGAAUUUUAUCAAACGCUGCUGUUCCUUUAUACCGCGCGACCGGCCAUCCGCAACACAAAUCCUCGAGUUUCUCGAACAUCAGUAUGAGCCUAGUGAGGUCGAGAUCUCUCCAGAUGACCUGACAGAGAUGCUCUGCAACCGCCCCCUGUUUCACACUGUCGCAGGAGGUUUUGCAUACAUAACAAAGUGUACGCUGAAGAGGGAUUGGAACACUAUACAGGUAGCUGCCAAGUCGAUUCGAUUCCAACGCGAUGUUCCAGAUCAAAAGGAGUACUUGCGUGAACGCAAGCUAUGGGAAAGACUUAUGCAAGAAAACAUCCUACCUCUACUCGGAGUUGCGCGAGGUUUUACCACGAUUCCUGGCUGCGAUGCAUUGGUUUGCCCAUGGAUGGAGAAUGGCACACUCUCACAGUACAUCGACAGGUAUCCGGCAUUGGAACUACGACAGAAAUUAAAACUGCUCUGCAACGUUGCCACCGGCCUUCGUUAUCUUCAUUCGCAAGGCAUUGUACAUGGAGACUUGACAGAUAAUAACAUCCUCGUGGAUGUCAACGGACGCGCAGUGGUCGCUGAUUUUGGCCUGUCUUUCCGAAUAUCGGAACACACUGGGAGUUACCCCGUCACUGCGGCUGCACGGUGGAUGGCACCAGAACUGGCAAUGGACGACGCAACACCGUCUAUACACAGCGAUAUGUAUUCCUUUGGUUCCAUCAUGAAUUACGUCAUCUCUGGUGAACUUCCCUUUGCGUCUGAACAAAAAUCGCCAUAUCCCGCCAUUUUUCGAGGCGAAGCACCCUGCACAGGUCGAGGCAAUAAUGUAUCUCAAGAGCAUUGGGAUUUUAUCCAACGGUGCUGGGGACACAUAGCCUCUUCUCGUCCAUCCGCUGAAGAAGCUUGUGAAUUUCUGCGAAGCGAACUUGAUUCAAACGUUUAA